AAGAAUAUUAAGAAUCAAAUUGUGAAUGUGAGUAUAGUUGAGGGAGUGUUAUGAAAAUAUAGCUAUUUCUUCAUAGAUCGACAUUGAUUGAAGAAAGAAACGAUCGGCUUUGAAGCUGAAGCAGAGGAAGUCAGUCGCCAAGUCAGUGAUGUGGCGGCAACAGAGCCCUCCGGUUCCGGCAAAUCCAGAUUCUGAUCAGAGCAUUUCCGAGGAAGAAGAAUCGGGCCACGAUUGGCAGGAAAUUCGUGUUCCUUUGAGCGGUCCUUCGGAUAAAAAGGAAGAAUUUCAACUUGCAUCACGGCUAGAGAUACUCAAAGAUCAGGAGCGAAGAACUUGCACGCUUGAAGAUGAGGUUGAAAUACCUGACUUCCCUGAGGAGGCUGACUUCAUAUGUUCCCCGAAGAAGGGGAAUAAUGUGCUCCCAGAAGUUUCUCACACCCUUGGAGAUAAAAAAUUCGAAAAGGAUGCUGUGUGUAGCCUCAGAAGUGAAAAGCUAGGCAGAUCAUACCCAUGGUCUGCUGCAACUAAAGAAGCCGAGAGACUGAUGUUUUUGAAUGAAAACGCUGCAUGCUUUUCCAAAGCAAAGAAUUCUUCUAGAGGAGGCAAAGGCAAAGGCAAAGGCAAGCCAAAGUUUUCUUUCCAUUUCCAGUCGCAUAAGGAUGGACAUUGGCCUUCUACUUCUAAAACUGAAAACCAUAAAUUGCCUGAAAGAUUGAAUACCACAGAGCUCAGAACUGAAGAAGACAUAGGUGGUGAGCUUCUUGAAGAUAUUCAGGGAGAAGAGGAAAAUCAGUCAGACAUUGUGCUGGCUCAAGUUGAAGCUCUUGGGCAUGGACAUACUGAGCAAUCAAUUGCUGAGCUUUUAGAUGGUCUUCAGGACAAAACCAUUCUGCUAAGAGGAAAUCGUAAAAUGUGUAGAAAAACGAGAGGAAAAAGAGCACAUCUGAUUGUGAAGAAAACUACUUCACUAGGAGAUAGAACUUUCAGUAAUGAGGACUCCCCUGAGCUCAUGGGUAGUGGAUCAUCAAGUGAUGAUGAGACCAGGGAUCAGGCAUUAAAUCUUGCUGUCCUUCAGACGAAAAGGCAAACCAUGGUAGAUCGAUUUCAGGAAGCUUUAUGUGCUACCUCCUUCAAUGUUGAUGAGGCCCUUGUUGCAGUGCAUAAGCCAUCGAGACUUGGAUUAUUUGUAAAGUUGCAGCAGGUCAUGCAGAGUGAAAAAGAAAGAGAUUUGGAUUUCUUGAAGAAGUUACAGAGCAAAGCUAUUGAAAAUGAUGAACGGGACUGCAUUAGUGGUAAAAUUCUGGCAAGAUACUUCGAUGCGAAGCUGAUAGUUUGUGAGUGUUUGUUCAGCGAGAACCAAGAGUGUAUCGUAUCACCAGAUUGCUCUAAGGAAAUGAUUAACGAUGGAACAAAAAUGACUCUUAUUUUUAAUCCAAGAGUUUGCAACGAUGUAGACCUUGAAGUUGGCAAUUUCAUCCGGAUUCAUUCCCCAUGGAAGGAGGUACAAGUCAGCAAUGACAGGACCAUCAUUUUGUCCACCUAUGUUUCCAAAAUUUAGAUGUAAAGGGUUCAGUACCUUGGGCCUGGGGUUUCCUAUGAGAGGCAUGACUUUUGGUAUUUUAUCUACAACAUCAUGCAAUUGAAAAUGUUACGGUUUAUAGCCCCAAAAUGAAGUUUGUUCCAGA